UCGGACUGACGUGGUUUCGGUGACGCCCUGGUUGGCUCCCGUGGUCUGGGAGGGAACCUUCAGCGCCAACCUCCUCGACGGCAUCUACAAGAAGAAGAACAUCAGCGUAGCUGCCACGGUGUUCGCUGUGGGGAAGUACAUCAUGUUCCUGAAGGACUUCCUGGAGACAGCAGCUGACGGUGCUGCCGGRGCCGAGCUCCAACCGCUGGCAGGAGAUCACAACUGGUAGGUUGGAGCUGAUCCAGACCCUGAUCGAGGAGCAGCUCAUCAAUAAAGUGGACUAUAUCUUCUGUCUGGACGUGGACUCAAAGUUCCAUGGUCGCUGGGGGACCGAGUCUCUGGGAGAACUGGUCUCUGUGAUCCAUCCUGGUUAUUACAAAGACGACCGCAGCAAAUUCCCGUACGAGCGGCGGCCAUCUUCCCGAGCCUUCAUCGCUGCUGAUGAUGGAGACUUCUACUACUGCGGGGGGGCGUUCGGAGGUCUCGUGCAGGAAGUCCACCAGCUCGCCAGAACCUGCCGCAUCAACUUCGAGGACGAUGCCAAGGAGGGGAUCGAGGCCGCCUGGCAGGAGGAGAGUCACCUGAACAGGUACAUGUGGAUCAACAAGCCCAGCAAGAUCCUCUCACCUGAGUACUUGUGGCAGGACUUCAAGCCCCGAGAACCAGAAGUUAAAAUCAUCAGGUUUUCUGGAGUCAUUAAGAACUACGCUGCAAUCCGACCCAACUGAGCUGUACCUGGACCUGGACCUGGACCUGGACGUGGACCUGGACCUGGACCUGGACCAGCUGGGUGGCACUAGAACAAUCCCAGUCCGAGUUUCCUGUCAGUCUAUUACACUGAUGCACUUUCAGCACCAAGAAGCACUUUCUGUCCCAACCCAGUCCAGUCCCAUCUGGACUCAGAACCUCUGAGUGUGGACAGAUCAGCGACUGGUCUAACCAGGUCCACAUCACAACACAAAGUUCUGGAUCAGUUUUGCUACUGUUGCGGGUUCUGACACAUGGACCGUUCCUGCUGGGUUCAUGUUCUGACCCGUCUCAAGUCUCAGACCUGGAGUACCUGUUGGACCCUGCAGAAACUUUAAUCCUGAUCAUGGUUCAGCUGAAGUCCAGGAAGUCCUGGUUUUAUUCUGGAAUUAGUCAAAACAUUUAAUGAAGUCUGGACCGGCUAGAGAAAGAAGAAGAAARGAUCUUCAGCUGGUUCUGUUUCCCAACUCUGGACUGUGGGACGGUUCUGAACCGGUCUUUGGCGCCACCUUCUGGUCUUUUUAAAAAAAAUCUUUGAAAAGUUGAAAAACUUAAGUUUUGUUUCUGGGAAGGUUUUGUUUUUUGUUCUGAACGUUCUUUUCUUUCUGUGGAACACGGGUUCUCCGGGUCCUGGUAGAACCUGCUAMGUUCUGCUGGUCCAGAGGAACUUUGUAAACAUUGGGUUGUUGUGGUUUUUCCUCURGGGUAAUAAUCCUCUCAGGUGUGUUGAUGUAAGAACUAUUUUUUAAUUUUUUAAUUUUUUUGCUGCUUUUCAUUAAAGUUUUUUGUCGACACCAA